AUGGUUUCAGUACCUACACGCUGCGGAGACCGCAGCGCUUGGUCUCAGGGCGUCUUCACGUUUAUUAUUGGCUAUGAUACUUACUUCGACAUGUUCAUGAAUCAAUCAAUUUCUAACAGUGGUAAAACACAACCUAGCCGCAGGAUAUCGAGCAUUAUGAUCAGCCGGGGUGAGCUAGGAGGUGGAGACUUACAUCCGGAAUCUGCCCAGAUCCACAGCCCCCGUAGUCACUUGCUUGGUCAAUUCGAUGGAAGUGGAGUUCAUGAUGCACUCGUUCCCAUGAGUGAUGAUACGCCAAAGUGA